GCUCUCCCAACAACACACAGUCAGGAUGAUGGUGUUAUGGGUUGUUUUACUGGUUCUACAUCAAGGACAUGCACUGACUCCAGUCGUCUCUGUUCGUCCUGGUGAACCUGUAACUUUAUCAUGUGCUCUGACUAAAACUUUGAUGACCAACAGAGAAGUCCAGUGGUACAGAAACAAUGCUGGGGAGACUUUGAAAUUAAUAGUGAAGCUGCAGAAAUCCUCCAAACCUGAGUAUUCAGGAGAGAUUUCUGAAUCAAGACUAAUGAUAAACGAAGGUGAUGAUUUUAUUAACGUGACUAUUUUAAGUACAACUUUCCAAGAUGAGGGCAUGUAUCACUGUGAAGUGAGGAAGUGGUUGGAAAAACCUGCAUGGACUGGGACAUAUGUGCUAGUAAAAGGAAACAGUGAGAGGACGUCAGCGUUUUCUGUUGUGUCUGAUCCAGUCCAUCCAGGAGACUCAGUGACUCUCCAGUGUUCAGUCCUUUCUGCCUCUGACAACAAGUCGUGUCCAGGAGGUCCCAGUGUUUACUGGUUCAGAGCUGGAUCAGACCAGUCUCCUCCAGGAAUCAUCUCCACUGAUGGAAACAGUGAAUGUGAGCAGAGAUCUGACUCUGUGAAGAGCUGCGUUUAUCGCUUCUCUAAGACCAUCAGCUCCUCUGACGCUGGGACUUAUCGCUGUGCUGUGGCCACAUGUGGACAGAUUUUAUUUGGAGAAGGAACCAAACUACGGAUCGAAUACAAUAAUUCUGAAUUCAUUGCACUGGUGAUAUUAACAGUCUGUUUGGCCAUUUCUGUGACUGGACAUGUUGUUUUCAUCUGUUGCCGAAGUCCAAUCCUGCUGCCGCACAACAACAUAGAGGUGGUUGGAACAGUCAACAGGUAA